GAUGGGUCUCGAGACUACCGUGUUGCUCCCAAGGACUUGUCUUCGCCUCAGAUCGCCAUCUCGCGAUCGUUGGGCGACCUCAUCUUCAAGGACUCUGGGGUCAUUGCGGUCCCAGAGAUUGUGGAGUGGCAGGUGAAGAAGCCGUCCGAUGCAUACGUGCUUGUAUGCAGCGAUGGUGUCUGGGAGUUUCUGAAUGCGAUGGACCUCCGUGGCUUGACCCUGGAGGCCAUGGAUUUGGAUUCAAAUCGCUGGCACAAUUACUGCAUGUAG